AUGACCGACACCUACACUACCAGACUCAAACAACUAGUCGAUCUAGUCGAAGAAGAAGGCUGGGCAGACUUCGGCUUCCUCCUCUUCCGCACGCACUACGACAAUGAAAACCUUUGGGAAUCCUUCCUCGAAGCAAAAGACCAAAUCCUCUCCGAAACAAUCAACAAUGCACCCCCAGAAUCCGGGUUAUCCCGUAUCACAGACAAAAUGUACCUAAAGCAGGUAUCCAACGAAGCAUUAAGGGAUAUAACCCCCGAGCAAGUUGCGAUCGCGUACCGGAGUUUAGAAUACGGCGAUGGCGAUGGUGAUGGCGUGGUCGAUGAAAAUGGGAAUGGUGGGGUGCCUGAGGAUAGAAUUGAGCCUGGCCUGCGGACGAAUGUUUGUCUUAUGGUUGAUGAGGAGUGUAUGCGGUCUAUUGUUGCUUGGAGAGAAACGGGAUCGGUGCCUUUUGUUAAGGCUGUUGAUGUUUUGUUAGGGGAGGAGGAUAUUUUGUACUCGGGGUGUUUUCGGGUUGCGAUUACGUCGUUGUUUACGGAGUUUUAUAUUGAGCAGGUUGAGUGUGGUGAGACGGUGGAGUUAGUGCCAGAGGGGGAUGGGGUUUGGAGGGGGUUUGUUUAA